AUGAUCCGCCGUGCGCUGUUACACCCCACGACCCGCCAGGGGGGGGCCCGUGCCUCUUUGGCCCCCCUUUCAGCCCUGUGUGGGACUUCGGCCCUGCGGAGCACCCCGCGCCGGGCUUCCACCGUCGCCAUCUCCAUCCAAGGGCUGCACUACGUCGGGACGGGGCUCGCCGCAAUCGCGCUGGCCGGCGUGGGGAUGGGUAUUGGCACCAUCUUCGGCUCCCUCCUUAUCGCCUGCGCGCAGCAGCCGAACCUCACGAAGCUGCUUUUUAACUACGCCAUCCUGGGCUUCGCCCUGACAGAGGCCAUUGGCCUCUUCGCGCUGAUGUUAGCUUUUCUGAUGCUCUUCUCGUAA